CUCUGCCAUUCGGAGGUGGUGGUCAGCUCCGUUCAGGCCUGUGGCGGUGAGGCGGACAGUGGUGGGAACCACUGGGGGGUCUGAGCAGGGGCAGGGCCCCCUCUGGCUGCCUCAGGGUGGGGUGAGCCCCGUGCAGGGUAGCGCGAUGGGCUGGGCGGGCCGGACAGGGCCACGAAUUCUGAGGCUGCUCUCUUGCCCCGUGCGUGAGUCCCGCCUGUAGAGACCACAGAAUUGCCCUGGGACCUCUAACAAGGACGCAAGGGCAGCCCCAACAGCCAGAACCCCCAAACCAUCUUCUGAAAUGAAGACGGAGCGCCUGACGGCCGAGCAGAUCAAGGAGUACAAGGGGGUCUUUGAGAUGUUCGACGAGGAGGGCAACGGGGAGGUGAAGACGGCGGAGCUGGAGCGGCUCAUGAGCCUGCUGGGCAUCAACCCCACCAAGAGCGAGCUGGCUUCCAUGGCCAAGGACGUGGACAGAGACAACAAAGGAUUCUUCAACUGUGACAGCUUCCUGGCCCUGAUGGGGAUUUACUGGGAGAAGGCCCAGAACCAGGAGGGCGAGCUGAGGGCGGCCUUCCGUGUCUUCGACAAGGAGGGCAAGGGCUACAUCGACUGGAACACGCUCAAGUAUGUGCUCAUGAAUGCAGGUGAGCCCCUCAAUGAGGUAGAGGCCGAGCAGAUGAUGAAGGAGGCUGACAAGGACGGAGACGGAACCAUUGACUAUGAGGAGUUUGUGGCCAUGAUGACCGGAGAGUCCUUCAAGCUGGUCCAGUAGGAGCAGGUGCUAUGGCCCCGGGAGGCCUGCCCGAAGAAGGCCACUGCCUGCUGCAGCCCACGCUGCGGCCCAGCCUGCCCCCCCC